CUUCCUCCCAGCUGGUCCCUGCGGCCGCUGCUGCUCGUCCCUACAAGUAUAUCAACCAACAGUGCUCACAUCAUGCACUCUGUGGUGUCUUGGUAGUAGUUGUUGGGGUAGCUAGCUAGAGAGAGCAGCAGGCCAGCACAGCAGCAUGGGGAGGUCGCCGUGCUGCGAGAAGGCGCACACGAACAAGGGCGCCUGGACCAAGGAGGAGGACCAGCGGCUCGUCGCCUACAUCAAGGCCCACGGCGAAGGCUGCUGGAGGUCGCUCCCCAAGGCCGCGGGCCUGCUGCGCUGCGGCAAGAGCUGCCGCCUCCGGUGGAUCAACUACCUGCGCCCCGACCUCAAGCGCGGCAACUUCACCCAGGAGGAGGACGACGUCAUCAUCAAGCUCCACCAGGUCCUCGGAAACAAGUGGUCGCUGAUCGCCGCCCAGCUGCCGGGGCGGACGGACAACGAGAUCAAGAACUACUGGAACACGCACAUCAAGCGCAAGCUCAUCGCCCGGGGCAUCGACCCACGGACGCACCAGCCGGCGAGUGCCGCCGCAGUUGCCCCCGCCGCCGCCGCCGCCGCCGCCGCGCAAAGCAGCUUUCGCCACCAUGGCGACGACGAGGCGGUGGCGCGGCGCAGCUGCUCGCGAGACAGCGGCUGCAUCGCGGCGCACAGCAGCGACGACGACGACAGCACGUCCGGGUCCCUGCCACACCAACAUGCUGUCGGCGGCAUCGACCUCAACCUCUCGCUAAGCCCACCGACGAGCCAACCGUCAUCGCCGGCCGCCGCCAAGGGAGUUGUAGCUAGCGGAUAUGGCCAAGGGAGUGAGAGCUAGCUGUACCUCCUCUGCACUGCCACGAUGAUGGUUGUCAAUUGUUGUUAGCUCCUCCUCCUCGUCUUAUGUUCUUCCAUGCAGGCCGGAAGAUCCUAAAGAGAACGUGUGCGUGCGUGUGAGAAUUAAACUCGUGUCUGUUGUUCGAUCGGGCGCUCUAAGAUUUGGCCAUGCCCCAUGCAUGAGGAACCCUGCAGGGCCCUCCUACUUUUUGAGACUC